UGCUUGUUGCCGGUCAGGCAGGACUCAGGGUAAACCAGAGCCCCACGCCUUCAGCCUUCUAGAACCUUCGCCAGCAAAACCCUAAACCCUAGCAUCUCCGGCCGGAGCCAUGGGCCGGCCGCAGCGCCGCGUCGUGGCGAAGCAGACCCGUCUCAAGGAGGCCGACGAGAUCCGCCUCCUCGAGGCUUGGAUAGACGCCGGCAAGCCCCUUCCGGGAACCAAGCCCCCUCCCCCCUCCGAGUCCUCCGCCGCCGCCGACGACGACGCACGGGCAAACGCACGAAAGAUAAUAGCCAAGGCGGCUGCCGGGGAGUAUUCGGAGUAUGGCGCGUGCACGCGGUUUGACGAGCUGCCGCUGUCGCAGAAGACCAAGGACGCCCUGCGGAAGGCGCGGUACACUGAGAUGAGCGAGAUCCAGCGCGCUGCCCUGCCCCACGCGCUCUGCGGCCGCGAUGUCCUAGGCGCGGCCAAGACCGGGUCCGGCAAGACCCUCGCCUUCGUCAUCCCGGUUAUAGAGAAGCUGUAUAGGGAAAGAUGGGGUCCGGAGGAUGGCGUGGGUUGCAUUAUUCUGUCUCCCACUAAUGAUUUAGCUGGACAAAUUUGGGAUGUGUUCAGGAAGGUGGGAAAGUUCCAUAGCUUCAGUGGCGGUGCUAUUGUUAAGCGCACUGGUAUCAAGGAGGAAAAAGAACGCAUAAACAGCUUGAAUAUCAUAGUGUGCACUCCUGGGCGGUUAGUCCAGCACUUCGAUGAGACUCCAAACUUCGAUUGCUCAAAUCUCCAGAUGUUGGUGCUGGAUGAGGCAGAUCAAAUGCUUCAUCGUGAUUUUCAAUUCCAAGUAGACGCUAUCAUUUCCCAGAUUCCCAAAGUUAGACAAACAUUACUGUUUUCUGCUACACAGACAAAGUCAAUCAAGGACCUUGCAAGGGUUAGCCUCAAGAAUCCUGAAUAUGUUAGUGUGCAUGAACAAGCUAGCACAGCCACCCCAGAUAACCUUGAGCAAUGUGCCAUGAUCGUGCCCCUUGAACAGAAGCUGAAUAUGCUCUGGAGCUUCAUCAAAAGGCAUCUAAAGUCAAAAAUACUAGUCUUCUUAUCAAGUGUUAAACAGGUCAAAUUUGUUUAUGAAAUUUUCAAGAAACUUCGUCCUGGUGUUCCUUUAAAAUGUAUGCAUGGGCGGAUGAAAUACGAAGUACAGCAGGCCAUAGUAGCAGAAUUCAAUGAAAGUACUUCGGUUCUGUUCUCAACUGAUAUAUUUGCUAGAGGAUUGGACAUAGGGAAUGUGGACUGGGUGGUACAGGUUGAUUGUCCAGAAAGCAUUGCACUGUACAUCCAUAGAGUUGGUCGUACAGCUCGUUACAACAGGAAAGGAAAAUCUCUUAUAUUCCUGUGCCCGGAGGAAGAAAGAAUGCUUGAAAAAUUGAAGGCAACUGAAAGUAAAAUACCUAUACGUAGUCGCAAGCCAAAAGUGGAAAAACUGGAGCAAAUAUCUCAGAAUAUAGCAGCAGUGCUAGUUAAAUUUCCGAAUCUGCAGCAACUGGGUAAAAGAGCUUUUGUUACCUAUCUCAAGUCAGUCUACCUACAAAGAGACAAAGAGGUGUUUGAUCUGAGCAGGUUCUCUGCGGAGAGUUUUGCUGCAUACGCUUCUUCGCUUGGUCUUCCUGUUACCCCCAAAAUCCGCUUCGUAAGCCACAAGAAGAAUGUAUCAAAGAAGGAUAUGGAAGACACUGAUGUGAAACAGAUGCAAAAAAACCGUAAAGUUAUCGAAAUAAAUCCGCAGGUAAAUCGUGAAAUGCUUGCAGAUGAUGGGCCUGACGAUGAUAUCCUUAAACCGAAGAUGCCCAACGCAGAUGCAAAUAUUUAUGAUGGAAUUGAGGAUGUCCUUUACCCCAAAAUGCCCAGCAGGGACACAAAUACGGAAUCAGAAAAAUUCGAAGAGCUGGCAAUCAGGCCCUCGAAGAAGAAGAAGCUGAAGAUAAAUAUGCACAGGCCUUUGGGAACAAGGGUCAAGUACGACGACGAGGGCAACGCAAUUGAUCCUCUGGCAUCUCUAGCUGAAGAAGUGGGCUCAGACGAUGUGAUUCACAAGGAUAAAAUAUCACAAAGAUAUGCAGAGAUGCUGAGAGAAAUGCAGGAGGAUGACAAGGAGGACAAGGCCCAGCACAAGAAGAGUUUGCACGAGAAGAAGCUGCAGAAGAAGAUGAAGCUAAAGCGCAAGAGGCAGGAAGAAACAGAUGACGUGUCCGAGGACAGUGGCUCGGAGUCGGACAGAGGCCGCAACACAGCAUCCAAGGGUAAAAAGAAGUACUUCAACAACAGCGACGAAGAUGACAAUGGCACCAAGGAUGGGGACCUUCUUGCGCAGCAGGAGGCACUGGCCCUGAAGCUUCUAGGUCAAAUGCACGGCUAAACUUCAGGUUCUGAUGGCGCUGGGUGAUUGUGCUGAAACAUACACCAUCAUAGGAUUUGUUCCUUUUUUUGGUGGUGUAGACUAAUGAGCUCUCUACACUGGAGAGACGAAAUUUUGAUGAUGUCCUACCGCGUGGUUCCAUUGGAGUUCAUAUAGUUAGACAUUAUUCCACUUUCUUGGCCAUACCUCGUAGCUGCAGCGCCAUUCACUUCUGACGGGGUUCUGCCAGGAACAGUUAACCUAGGUUUGCAAGCUUGAAGGGUCCUUUAGAUUGAUGAUAUUUUCUAGUACUACCUCAGUCUCAUAUUAACUGAUUCAAAUUUAAAUCGUCUGGAUACAUGUAAGAGAAAGUCGUCGCUUAUGGGAUGCUGGGAGUAUUUCAAUGCGUGC